GCCGGACGACGAGGCGGCUGACUGUGGCGCCGGCGGGGCGUCGCACGCAGGCGGCACGGGGGCCGGUAUCCGAACACCGACAGCACUGGUGUCUUAUCUCUCCUACCAUACGCCCGAGCUGCCGGUGCCCCACUACCAUUACCUGCCGCACGCGCACAUGCAGCCGGUGGGCUUCCACGGUCUGCACAUCUCCAUAUCACCGAUGCCACCGCAUCCGGGCGUGCCCGUCGGGCCGCUGCUGAUGCCGCCGCCGACGCCCGGGCCGCCGCUGUCGCCGGUGCACCUGGUGGACGAGCACUACCUGUACCUGAUGUCGCAGCUGGAGUCGGCCCGGCACGGCGGCUCGCCGCGGGGCGCCACGCACACACAGAUCGAGCGCAACACACUGCCGCAUCGCUACCGGGCGCAGCGUGCGGGGGCAGAGUCGGUGGACCGGGAGAAAUGCACCAUCUGUCUGUCGGAGUUCGAGGACGGGGAAUGCGUGAGACGGCUGCCGUGCAUGCACCUGUACCACAUCGACUGCGUGGACCAGUGGCUGGCGACCAGCCGCCGCUGUCCGAUCUGCCGGGUCGACAUCGAGGCGCAUCUCACCAAAGACUACUCGACCAUGUAGCGGCCGGCCGGGCGCCGGCCGCGGCUUCGGGCCACCGCCUCGGGCCACCGCUGGCCGCGUCCCGGACCCGCACCGCGCGCGCGCGCGGUGUCUCUUCGCACGCUCAUCUCCCCUAUCUGUGGUUUUGCCAAUCUUGGGGUCAUGCGUCUCUGAAAUGGCUUGCUUCAGUAGUGUCCCUUGAACUGGAGGUUGUGGGAAUGCGUUAAUUGUGUUGGGACAUGCUUUCAACAUGUAACAAGGUUUCAGCGCAUUUACGUGGUUGCACCUGUUACAACGGGUGCUGUUUCUUUUGACCGUGUUCGCUGGCACCAUCCGCUCAUUGUCACGUAUCGCACACACCGGGCCUGGCUGGUCUGUGUAUUUCUUUAGCUAACUACACAGAUGAUGACUCGGUGUCGUCACUGACGCCGCUCAAGUAUCGUCGCUGGCGCCGCUCACGUGUCGUCGCUGGCGUCGCUCAGGUGUUGUCGCUGGCGCCGCUCAGGUGUCGUCGCUGGCGCCGCUCACGUGUCGUCGCUGGCGCCGCUCACGUGUCGUCGCUGGCGCCACUCAGGUGUCGUCGCUGGCGCCGCUCACGUGUCGUCGCUGGCGCCGCUCAGGUGUUGUCGCUGGCGCCGCUCAG